UGACAUCCCAUCUAUCUAAUUGAUGAACUCUGUGUGUCGCUUGCGCGCUUGCGCGACGCCUCUGCCGCGGUCCAAUGUUGGAAACGGCAGGUGGUUUCUUCCACGGCCAGCGGCGGCUUUCUCUCGCCGGUCCCACUCCACGGCACCCUCACUUCGCAUAGCCUCAAUCCCAAACUCCACUUGCUUGGCUUCACCACAACACAGCAAGAUCGCCAGAGCAAAGAAUCGCCGAGGAGCGCUGUAUUCCACCAUGCACAAAGCGCCUGCCGCCAAGAUCACGGUGCCAAUGACGGAUCCAAAUGUUACGAUCAGAACGCCAAGAGAUCCGAACACGCUGUCCAAUUACCACAAUUUCCUGACGACACACACGGUAGCGGAGUUCGAGAUCGACUUUGAGAAGAAGGUGCUCAACGGGGGGGUAGAAUUGACGUUUGAGAGUCUGACGGACGCUGAAGCCAAGGAGCUCGUAUUGGAUACCAGUUUCCUGGACGUCAAGGAUGUCAAGCUUGAUGGGAAAGACGUCGAGUGGAACUUGGGUGAGCGCAUUGAGCCGUAUGGUGCCCCCUUGACCGUCACGCUUGACAAGGGUGUACCGAAGGGCGAGAGCAUCAAGAUCGCGGUCAAGGUCUCAACGACAGACAAAUGCACAGCACUGCAGUGGAUGACGCCGGCGCAGACGUCGAACAAGAAGCAUCCCUACAUGUUCUCGCAGUGCCAGGCAAUCCACGCACGCUCCGUGUUCCCGUGCCAGGACACGCCCGAUGUCAAGUCGACAUUUGAGUUCAAGCUUCGAUCACCGCUACCUGUUCUUGCUUCUGGCCUCCCUACAGGAUCUCACCAGUACGAGGCUGGGAAGGACGACAAAGCUGGAACUCUGCUGUACACAUUCGAGCAGAGGGUUCCCAUCCCGAGCUACUUGUUUGCGGUGGCCAGCGGCGACAUUGCCGCUGCUUCCAUCGGCCCGCGAAGUCUCAUCAACACUGGCCCGGAGGAGCUCCUCGAGUGCCAGCGUGAACUCGAGGGCGAGAUGGAACCCUUCAUGAAGGCGAUCCACUCCAUCGUCAAAGUGCCCUACCAAUGGACCCAGUACAACUGCCUAAUCUUGCCGCCUUCCUUCCCCUACGGUGGCAUGGAAAACCCAGUGUGGACAUACGCCACGCCAUCCAUCAUCUCCGGUGAUAAGCAAAACAUUGAUGUCAUUGCACACGAACUUUCGCACUCUUGGUCUGGCAACUUGGUCAGUGCAGGAAGCUGGGAGCACUUCUGGCUCAACGAGGGCUGGACGACGUAUCUUGAGCGCAGAAUUGCGGGCUAUCUGCAUGGAGAAGAGCACCGCCACUUCUCCGCCAUCAUUGGCUGGAAAGCCCUGGAAGACUCGAUCAAGAACUACGGGGAAGACCACGAAUACACAAAGCUUGUCAUUGAUCUCAAGGGCAAGGACCCGGAUGACGCUUUCAGCUCGAUCCCCUACGAGAAGGGCUUCCAUGCGCUCUAUGCAUUUGAGCUUCUGCUAGGCAAGGAUAAGUGGGACACGUUCAUUCCGCACUACUUUGACACAUUCAAGUUCAAAUCGCUCGAUAGCUACGACUUCAAAGCGUGCCUUAUCGACUUCUUCGCCAAGGACGCAGAGGCCGCGAAGAAGCUUGACGAGUUCGAUUGGGAUAAGCUCUUCUACACCCCCGGCUUCCCGAAGAAGCCCGAGUUUGACGAUACGAUGGUCAAGACGUGCUAUGAACUCGCCUCCAAGUGGGAGGCACGCGUCUCAAAGAAGGAAGCCUCCUUCGCCCCUAAGGCUUCUGAUAUCAACGGCUGGGUAGCCAAUCAGUCCGUCGUGUUCCUCGAACGCCUUCAAGCCAUUUCCGAGUCCUUCACGCCUAAAGACGUACAACUGCUUGGCGAGACUUACGGCUACACGACUACGAAGAACAUCGAAGUCCUCAGCCGGUUCUUGACAGUCGGGCUGCGCGCUAAGGCGGAGGAGACGUACCAGCCCACGGCGGAGCUUUUGGGCAGGAUUGGACGGAUGAAGUUUGUGAGGCCGCUCUUUAGGUUGCUGGAGAAGGUAGAUCGCGAUCUCGCGCUCAAGACGUUUGAGAAGAACAGAGACUUUUACCAUCCGAUUUGCAGACAAAUGGUGGAGAAGGACCUGUUUGGGGAAGAAAAGAAGUGAAUGGUGGAAUAGUACAUCUUGGAUACAGUUGAAACAAGAAGACACAAUCUCAAGGAUAUAGAGCUUCUUUCUUCCGUCGUUUAUAUGGUUAACACUUUUUUGCAGUCUUGGCUGAGGCAUGCCACGCGCAGAAUAGGAUACAACGGCGCCGAAGUAGGUGUCAAAGAAAAGUUUUCCACAAUGAAACCGACAGCGAAACCGCAA